AUGGAACUGGCGGGUCCCGAGCCAGAAGUCCAGUCCGCUGAAGAGGGAGAAGUCCCUGUGGUACGAUCGGACCCAUACCUCGCCGACUUCAUCCAGCUCGGGCCCCAGAUCUACAUCUACACGCCCGAGGCACGCUCGACACCAGAGAUCGACAACACCGUUGGGUCCCCAAGAAAGGAACAGCAGCAGCAGCAGCAAGAGCAAGAGCAACCAGCACCGGCAGAUCCGGACCUGGUAAUUGUCUGCUCGUGGAUGUACGCCCAGCCGCGGAACAUCGUUAAGUACACCAAGGUAUACCAGGCGACGUAUCCUCGGGCGCGGAUCCUGCUCCUACGACAAGAUGGGGGCGACUUCUUCUUCCGCACGCAGGCCCAGCAGAUGCGGAACCUGGUGCCCGCGGUGUCUCUGAUCCGGGAGCUCGACUCGGAAAAAAAGGAGGAGGGGAGUGGCAGGGAGUUGAAGGUCCUGCUGCACAUCUUCUCCAACGGCGGCGCAUGGACGGCGUGCCAACUCGCAGACGCCUACCACCACCAGCAGCGAGGCCUGGCACCCACGCCCCUGGACGAAGCGGACCACGCAUUCCUCCUCCUCCCCAUCACAGCCCUAGUCCUCGACAGCACGCCCUCGCUCCCCAACGCCGUGGCCUCGCACACCGCCAUCUGUGAGGCGCUGCCCAAGUCGCCGCGGCCGCUGCGUGCGCUCGGCAGCGUCCUGGUCUGGGGGUACCUAGGCCUGGCGCAGGCUGUCGGGGUGGCGACGGGGCAGGAGAACGUGACGCUGUCGCUGCGCCGGCGCCUGAACGACCCGCGCGGCGCCUUCGCCCGUCACGGCCACGGCCACGGCCCCCCGCCGCCGCGUGUGUACAUCUACAGCCAGGCCGACGCGCUGAUCCCCGCGGCCGACGUGGAGCGGCACGCGCACGAAGCCGCGCAGGUUCUCGGCCGCGAGAACGUGCGCCUCGAGGACUUCGUCGCCAGCCGCCACGUCGGCCACGUCCUGGCCGAUCCAGCCCGGUACUGGGCGAUCAUCGGCGCGUUGUGGAGGGAGAGUGCCUCGCGGGCAUUGGGGCCCAAUCUGUCUGGUCCGGGAGAGGGACCGGCAACGGAGUAAGGGGAGUUGGGUGUGUGAUGAUGAUGCAGCCUUGAGGAGCGUUACAAGAUUCGCCUGGAAACUACACAAUUGGACAUAGACACACAUUUAAAUGGAGGAAGAUCUAGAGGCCCAAAUAUGGUUAGAAUUGUUGCUCUAUCGAAUCUGUUGGUCAUUUUGACUUUUUCGCCUUCUUCUGGCUAUGGGGGGUAUUUGGAUGAUUCCAACAGCGCCAAUAUCAUGUCUCC